AUGUCGCACCUACCACAAACGCCAGACGCCAGCCUCCCAUCGGCCCUCACUCAGCUCUUCGCUGAGGGAGAGCACUUUCUCAGACCCUCCGCGGACAUGCUUAUCGACCCGGGGCUCGAGGACUCGCAGACCGUGGCGGCAAUUGCAGCGGCCGCGGCGGAGCAGGCACAGGCGGCCGAACACGCGGCGGAGCAGGAGCUCCUCUCGCACGAGAUCGACCUCCCACUGCCAGAGAAGCAGAGCGCACUCGAAGUCGUCGCUUUGUCUCUGCGGACUGAGAACGACCGCCUCCGCCGCGCCGUCUCGUACCUCGAAGCACAGGGAUUAGGUCUCGAAGUUGAAGGGCCCCUCCCCGCCCUCCCCCUCGAGAUGGACGUCAACGACUUUGAUAUAAGCCAGCACACUUUGCGGGAGUUGGCCUCGGCCGCAGCUGGAGAGGCAUUCUUCCCCGCCCUUGAGGGUCUGCAUAACAUCCAUGUAGAGGAGGAGAAUUCGGCCAGCAUGGCCGACUUUCUCCAUGGUCUCGUGGCGCAGGUCACCGUCCCUCGAACCAGAGAGGCGAGGCCCAAAACAGUCGACCCGUUUGAGAUUGCGCGGCGGGGCAUCGAGGCGGAAAUCGAGACAACAAGGGUGGCUAUUGCUGAAAAGGAGGCGGAGAUUGCGGCCAACAAGGAGGGGAAGAGUCAAACGGCUUUGGAGAAGGACGACAAGGCUGGCCUCGAUGCCCAAGUUGUCAAAGUCACUUCUGCGCUUGACGGUGCGCGCACUCGCGCCGCGGUCCUCCGUGAUGCGGUAUUGCGCCUCAAAAGGGAGAGGGACGCGGUACAUUUCGACGUGUUGGGCAUGGAGGCCGAGUUGGCGGUCAUGGGCGACGGUGGGCGGGCGGCAGCGAGCGCCCGAGUCCUCCGCGACAUCAGGUCGUAUCUCGAGGAUGUGCUCAAAAACUACAAGGAGAAUGGCAAGCUGCCUGCACAGCCGCUCCCGUCCCUCCCGCCCCUUAUGCUGGCCACCAUGGCGCCACCGUCUUCUCUACCUAAAAAGCGUGGCCGUCCUCCACGCAGCGCGACGCGCGCCAGUGUCGUUCCCGCCCAACUUGCGCAUCUCGUGCCGGAGGCUGACGAGGUUGCUGCGAGGGCGGAACACGCCCCGAUUCGACGCAAGGGCAUCAAGCGGAACAAGAUUGAACUGGAGCGCGAGGCACUGCGGAUAAACGAGGAGACGGAGAUGAUGAAGAGUCUGGCCAGGAUGGGGGUGUGGAAGGGCGACGAGUGGGUUGAGGGUGUGUAG